GUAAUGUUAUAAUACCCUUCUUCUCUCUCUUCUCCGAAGCAACCUUGCUAUCUAGCAGCUCAGUUUAGCAUCAGAUAGAAGAUUCGAUUGAUCGUAUAUAUAUCUCCGUCCAUAAGGCGAUUGCAUUGAAAUAGAGGAAGAGAGAGUAUCUGGCAUUCGAUUAUGGAUAUAUCGAUAGUUGAGGAUCAAUCAGCUCUUCAGGAAAUCUUGCUGGAGUUUCGUGCUGGAAAAAUGACUAUGAAAGGUAAACAAGUUGUUCCAGAUUCACGCAAAGGACUUAUUCGGAUAGGACGGGUGAGCAGAAUAAAGGGUGAAGAAGGAUUGACCCACUUUCAAUGGAUUGAUCGAACUUAUAAUCUUGUUGAAGAUUAUCAGAUCAUUUUGCCUGAUGAGGCAGUCUUUGAGAAGGUUUCACAAACUUCAGGAAGGGUAUUCAUUCUGAAGUUCAACAGUGAUAAUAGGAAAUUUUUCUUUUGGAUGCAGGAGCCAAAAUCUGAUGGCGAUCAGCAGAUAUGUGAUUCUGUCAACUUCUAUCUCAAUAGGCCACUAGAAGUCCCUGGGGAAGAUGAACCUGAUGUUUCUGUUCCAUUACAAAAUUCUGAAGACAUGGUUGAAGAGGAUAUCUCUUCAAGGGCUGGAAAUUUAGUCGGUCCAAACAUUGGAGGAGAAAUAACUAGUGAUGCAACUUCUUCAGGCCCUGUAAAACUGGCAGAUUUGCAAAGAAUAUUAAGUAACAUUGGUCCCACAGUUGUAGGUGAAGUUGAAGAUCCUGAUGCAGGCUUUGGUUUGGGUGAUAUUUUCAAGCCUGAUCUGAUCUUCCCUGUUUUGGAAACAUUGCUCUUGGAAGAACAGCUGGCAUCAUACUUGCCGGAGGGCCAAUGGACUCCAGAGGAACUGAUGGAUUUGUUGCAAAGCCCACAAUUCCGCCAACAAGUUGAUUCGUUCACUUACGUUCUUCGUACUGGACAGGUCGAUCUUUCUCAGUUUGGAGUUGAUCCCAGUAAAUACAAGUUCACGGUUCUUUCUUUCCUUGAGGCUCUUGAGGAUUCUGUUUCACAACCGGGAGGGUCUAGUAAAAUAUCUGAAACAUGUAGCCGCAGUGGAGAUCCUAUGGACGAGGGACAAUAACAUCAUAGGAUACAUACUUGUCUUUUAAAAAAGAAGUUGAGGAGGUUUUAACUAUUUUCUUCUACACAUUUUAAAUAUCUUUUCUAUAUCCCAAAUCCAUGAUGUUUCAUUCGCAAUGCCCAUGACUGUUUGACCUGAUUUGCUAAGAUUGUUGAUAUUAUUCAGUCGUUUCGGAGUGGAUAGAUUUAUGCAUAGAUUUAUGCGGCAUUAUUUCAUCAUUUCCCCCCUUUU